AUGGCUGGCCAAAGAUUCAUCAUUCGCUCCGAGGGCUACGCUCAAGCAGUCCCGGCCUUCGCUCGGAGGGCUGUCGACUAUGAAAUCGACUACGAAUUUGCUGACGACCAGAGGCUUGCAUCCUCUCAGCCUGUUUCUCUGAUUCAGCUGUGCAGAAAGAGUUCGUCUAGGAAUAGAGCAACAAGGAAGGCAAAGGUUUUUCUCUCGGAAAGCGCAAGUGACUUGGCAGAAGCCGGGUUUCCAAUCACUCGCGAAGUCGAUAAACACCAGCAUUUCCCUCGACUUUCGCUUCCAAGCUACUCGGCUUCCGCAGAAUACGGCCCCGGUGAUGAUCCCGAGACUCUGACUCUACCCUCCUCACGUUUCGUCUCUCAAGACUAUCCCUGGCAGCGUGAAGAAAGCCAUUCCGAGGCUGUUCAAGAGCAAACAUGGCACUCAAAUCAGAGCGAAUACCACCCUCAGGAAAACCCUUUAAACUACGCGAAUCAAUACAAUCGUUCUCACUCAGGUGAGACGAGCUACGUGACCGAGAGCCCAUUCCUCAGGAAGUCGGAUUACAACAGCGCUGGGCGUGGAACUGGCCCUGUGGACUCAACACCAGUCACCAUACGGUCCCCGCUGGAUACACCACAGUCAUACCUUUAUUCUCAGAGAACGCAACAGAAGGAGCAUUUGCCAACUGCUUUGCAAAUAUACCGCGAUAGUUUCGACCGCCCAAAUGACCGAUCACCGUACGAAUCGUACCGUUUGAAUCGGCGCAACAACCGAACUGACCUACCCGAGAUAACUUCUGGCUUGCAAUUCGGAGACUCCUCUGACCUGGAGUUUCGAAAGGCUGUGGGAAACACAACGGUGCGCUCCGAACCCGGCUUCGCGACACACAGUCGUUCACGACUUUCUAACACCGAGGUGGCUACGCAAUCAAGCGUCCCUCGGAAAGCUCACAAAUCUCACGACGCACUUGUCCUCAGGCCAAGAUUAUCAAGCGGUACCAGCACCUCCCAGCGGACUCUGAAAGAGGAGAUAUACGCCAUCUUAGACAGUAUGCAUGUUGACUCCCAGACAGAUUUUGAACCGACCCCAACUCAGACUCCCGGGGGCACAGAGUCUUCAACAAGUGCGUCUGAAAUGAACCAAGCGCUGCCAGCCGAACCCACAGCGAUGCACUCGCUUUGGACAGGUGGCGAGACCGAGACUAAGCAAGCAGAGACUACAACCCGGGUUCAUAUUUCCAGCAAGGAGGCUCAAAGACAUGAACAGGCCGAUGCGGACACUUCGCCACCAGGGCUGAGCCAGUCGAACAUCGAGCCCCUGCUGGAAAGCCAGGAGGCUUCUGUUGCUCCACUCAGAAUAACGAAACUUCCUCCUGGUCUUCCUCGGCCAGAGAUAAUAAGUUCGGGCAAGUUGACAGCGUUCACAAAUGAAAGGCUUCCUGAUGCAAGCCUUUGGUUUCACACCGACAACCGUGGACAGGAUCAGUUGCGCCGACACAUCUCUGAUAUUGCCGAGAAGUUUCUCGAUAGAACUGAGCGCCUAGGAGGGCAGAAUUUCCCGAGAGAGGAUCGCACCGUCACCGAACAGACCAUCGCACUCCUAGGUGGCGUCAUCGCUAACCUCCAGUCCUACUCCUCUGAUGCCUCUAAUGCUGAGGAACGUCGAGGGGGAUACUUUGGGAAUUUCGCGCCUGUGGCGUCUCGUUAUUGCGACCUGCCAGUCAGAGGUCGGCGCAGCUACUUUGAAGAUCCUUGGGAGAGCCUUAUGGAGGGAGUGGUCCGUGACGGCGAAUUUUCUUAA